AUGAAUGUUGUGAUGAACUUGUUGUCGGCGGUUUCGCCACAACCAGAUGGUGAUUUUGUCGAUAAAUUGAAUUAUUGCGCGACAACUAUUGGUUUGGUUCUUGGCUCCGCUUUUAUAACAGGAUGGAGGUUUGUUUUGCGAAAAAAAAUGGAAAACAAAAUAAUUUUCUGAUUUUUCAGUUUUGUUGGAAGCCCAAUCGAUUGCUGGUUUCCAGCUUAUUAUAAAGGAUGGUGGGCUGAAUAUGCUCUAGAUUACUGUUUUGUUCAAAACACAUUUUUUGUCCCAUUAGAAGCGGACAAAUCCGAAAAAUCUUUCAACUGGGAAAAUCAAAUUGGAGAACGCGAAAACACAACAAGUUUGGCUCAUACUAACCAAAUUGGUGAGUCACUCUCUACCAUGUUUUCUUUCUAAAUUCAAAUAAAUAUUCAGGAUAUUACCAAUGGGUUCCAUUCAUUCUUGCUCUUCAAGCUUUGAUGUUCUAUUUGCCAGUUGUAAUUUGGAGAAUGCUUUAUGGAAUGGCGGGUCAAAAUGUCACCUCACUUUGUAAUACUUGCACAGCAACUGAAGGAAAUGAAGAAUCACGUAGUGGAACAAUGAAUACAAUGGCUGGAUAUAUUUCACAAAAAAGACACCGUAAUCUUCAUUUUGAGACGAGAUAUCAAAGAACUGCUGAUAAAUCAGCUAUUCUUAUCGCAUACUUGGUAAAUAUCCUAAUCGCAAAUUCCAAAUUUUCAAUUUGUUCUAUUUUCAGUUCACCAAAUUGUUAUAUCUUUUCAAUGUUCUUCUUCAAUUCUUCCUUCUCAAAUCAAUGCUUGGAGUUAAUUCAUAUUUCUGGGGAUACGAAGUAUCAAAAGAUUUGGCACGUGGACUCGAAUGGCCAGAAACUGGAAAUUUCCCACGUGUAACAAUGUGCCAAUACGAAGUUCGAAACUUGGAUAAUAUUCAUAAACAUACAGUUCAAUGUGUUCUUAUGAUUAAUAUGUUCAAUGAGAAGAUCUUUGUUGCUCUUUGGUGGUGGCUUUGUGUGCUUUCAGUUGUUACUUUUGCCAACUUUGUUCAAUGGGUUUUGAGAUCUUUUGGUUCAAGAAAUACCAAAGAAUUCGUCAAACCAUACAUUGAGGAUAUUGAUCCAAAAGUCAAGAAUAACAGAGGAAAAUUGCAACAAUUUGUGACUGAACACUUGUCUCCAGAUACUGUUUUCCUUUUGAGACUCAUCGGUUAGUUAUUAUCAAAUCUAGUUCCGCGAAAUAAUUUCUAAUACUUUCCAGAAAUAAACAACGGAAAAACUCCAGUUUUGGAGCUUCUUUCAAGCAUGUGGUCCAAAUUCAACACAGCCACUCCUCCACCAUAUUCAGCUCCUCCUCUUCUUGUUAAAGAUGCCGAUCCAUUGUUGAAGAAUUUCGAUGAGACCGAAAUGUAA